UGUGACAGUUGCGGAGACGUUUACGCCGCUGGUGCUCGCUCCCUGUGAUCAUGGCUGCACAGGACUAUAUCAGCCAUGUUUGCUAAUUUAAAACCCAAAGGUUAGGGAAGAGUUGUUUACUAUUUGUCGCGGUGCCAUCUUCACUCCGAUUCCUGCUACCACACGGGGUAGAGACACUCGUGCCUUCGAGAUCCGGGGAAUGAAAGGUUUGCUAGUUAUGGAGGCAAAUAAUCAUUUCAACUAUGGCACCCAUUCCUCAGCAAACUCAGGACUGAAACGUUCCUCAGGGGAUUCUCUUUAUACUAAUGGUUCCUCCGUGAGUUUUCCUCACCAAGGAAAAAAUAUGAAUGGCGAAAUGAAUGUGAAUGGUGUCACUACUGCACUUGGGUCUGGUGCACCUGCUUCCCAACCAUCUUCCAGUCCUUAUCCACUUAUCAGCAACCACCACCAGAGCAGCAUGGGCUACCUGUGGGGAGGACAUCCUCAGUACAGUCCGACCAUGGCCACGUCUCCUGGGCAUGGCUUGCAUCAGAAGCAGCCCUCACCGGGCAUGGUGCAGCCUCAGUCACAACAUCACUUCCAGGCUCAAGGACAGUACCAACUGAAUGGGGAUAUGGAGAGCUCCCAGCAGUCACCUCUGGCAGGCCCAUCAAACAUGUCCCCUCCUAGUCAAUUUUGGAACAGAAGUAACCCUGCCCCACAGGCCGCCGCUUACACUUCCCGCAGCAUGUAUGGGACGUAUGAGAGUCAGUCGCAUCCUAGCAUUUCUCCACCACAACAGCAAGUGUCCCCCCCAUCAUCACAGCAUCAACCCCAUUCCCACCUGCGGCCACCCCUUCACCUCCCACAGCAUUAUGGCGUGAUGACAAAUGGGAUGCCAUAUUACCACCAGCAGCUCGCAUCUCUGCCAUCUCCCCAGCACCCAAAGCAGUCUACACCCCAGGGUCAGAGGAUGCAGAAUUUUGCAUCUCCACAUGAUACAGAGGGGGGGUCCUCGAGAGCAAUGACCUCUUCAUCGACCGUGCAGGACGGAGGAUCUCCCAUGAGCAGGGAAAAGGCCUCCCAUAUUAGCAACAUGUCUACUUCCAAGCAAGGGCAUACGAGGGAGGAAGGCAUGGAGGCAAACACUGGCUGCAACCACACAGAGGAGUCAGCUGUCGUUCUCAGGCCACCCAACUCUUCCUCGUUUUCUGUUAGACAACAUACAAGUGAUCAUCAGGAGAGUUCUGAGAAGCCAACUGCCCAACCACCAGAGGGCGUCAGAGGGACUGGAGUAAGCACAUCUCCUGGGACGAUGCUCAUUGCAUCUUCAUCUUCCGCAACAGUAUCUCUGAAUAAGGUGUCUAGUGCUACCUCUGUCGAGUCUCCCAUGACUUCCCCUGCAUCCACUCUUGGUUCUUACUCUGAUGUCAAAUCUACUUCAACCCAGUCAUCUUCAGCUCCUCCUCCGAGACAUUCCUCACCUCCUCUUCCUACCCCUUCUGCUACUGAGUUGAAACUUUCUGGAUCCAAACAUCUGGUGGGGGCCUCCUCGUCCUCCUCACCUGCAACACAUCCAAAGUUUUGUCCACCUCCAGGCUUUACUGACAGUAUUUCCAGACCUCAGUGGGUUUCUUCCUCUCCUUCAUCUGAAUCACAGGUGCAUCAUUCAGUUUCUGGACCAAUUACAGCUGUCUUAUCACCUGCCAUAGUGUCAACAUCUUCUUACUCUGGUUCUACGCCCAUCUCAUCUCUUCAACAAAUGGUUCAAGGCUCCAAGCCCCCCCUGAUGCCAGCUGUAAAAUCAAACCUAAUGAUGUGUGAUGCAUCAGGUAGCAUUCAUUCUUCGAUAGCAUCACCAUUGCUAGGGUCGUCUCCUGGCAUGUCGCAGUCAACACAUGGAAUCCCUUCUGCUAGUAAUAAACUUGCUGCCUUGCCCCAGCAUGACUCCUUGUACACUGCUUCAGCUGUUGGUUCUGGUCGAGCCAUUGCCUCUGUAUCACCACCCCCAAAGGGGCUAAAGUCACCCUCCCAGUCAGCCCAUGACAAUCCCUCAGCCAGAUCUCUCGCUACCGUACCUCUACGAACCACGCAAGGCUCCAGUACUGCACCGGUGUCUGUGCCUCCUGCAACAUCUUCCGAAAUGAUUCAGAGUUCUGACUCUGUGCAGCAUCCUGCCACUUCGUCUCCUGGCAGUAUGCUAAAUGAGAUGGCUCUGUUGCCAGAGCAUCAUGGUCACAGUAACAAGGGUAAAGGUUUACUCACUGGAAAGGGCACAAUGGCAAAAGAAUGUCACCCUCAUCUUGAGUCAGGCAAAGUAAAUGUGCACAAAGCUUCUGACCCUCAGAAAUCAUCUGAUCUUUCAGGACAACUUGUACAGACUGAGCGACAGCCCAGCAAUAUACAAAAGGAGCCAAUGGCUACUGGCAGCGUGCGUGACGUACUCAAUACAGAGGAAACUCUAAGCAGAAUUUCAAUGCCUCUUGACCAUCCCAGUGCCAAGCACUCCUCACUGACUGUUGAAACAAGUUUUGACCACUCUCUGCUCACCACCUCCCAAUAUGGUGACAGUUCAGUCUGCAGCACGCUGUCAAGAAUCCAUAUCAGUUCCUUCUUAGAUAAGUCCUUAGCUAAGAGCACCUCACGCAUACAUGACGUCAGCAGCUUCGGCAACAGCUUUCACCUUGGAAAUGGCACUUCUCAGUUUGCCAGCACUUCUCAUACAGAACAACCAUCUUCUGUUUAUGAGACAACUAGCAAUGGCAGCUUGUCUCUGGAUUAUUCAAGUCUGAACACCACCUAUGAGCAGGAGAUGUCUGAGGCAGGAGAGUCCAUGCUGGAGUCCUCCCUCAACAAUACUUCAUUUGGGCCAUCUCACCCACGUCACCAAGGGACUGAAGCAGGCUGGCCUACUGUAGGUCAUCAUACACCAGACUCUGAUGCUGUUAGCAAAACACCCACUGCAAUCGAGAUCAUGACUCCCCCGAGUUUCAAGAUGAGAGACGAGAACUUCAUCACCUUCAGUACCCCAGCACACAGACCUGCUGUACACCCACUGCAGCCAGUCACUGAUCAGGUUUUGUCAGCCACUGCAGGACGUCUGAAAAGCCCAGGACAAACUUGCAAACCUCAGUCUCCAAAGGCAUUAUGGAUUAGAAAAUCGGCUCCUGAGGAGGCAAAGAGGAAGCCCCGUGGUCGAACACCAAAGGUGGAGAAGAUCAAGCCCGAAGGAGGUGAUGCUAAAGAGGAGGGAGUCAAGGGAAGGAAGAGAAAGGCAACUCUUAGACCAGAACAGGCCAAAGGAACACCGAACAAAUGUGGGCAGACUCAGCCUCCAUCUGAGGAGAUUGAUUCGAUCACAGCCACGAUUGAAGCAGUUCUUGCCAACACAUCAGCCAUCAGCUCGCCCUUUGAUAAACCCAAGAAGAUGAAAAGAAUGAAGCAAGUUAAAGAGGACAUGACCACACUAAAAGAUGAUGCUGGCGCAGCUGCCAGUGAUGCAGAGGACAAUGAAGAGGAAAGUUCCCCAGCUGGUAAAGGUGAACCCUCCAGGAGGAGGGUUGCAACAGAACAACAGGUCCAGUUCCCUCUGCUGCAUGGAUGGAAGAGAGAGAUCCGUGUGAAGAAGAUGAAUGAUCGCAUGAAGGGUGAAACCUGGUAUUAUACACCUUGCGGAAGAAGAAUGAAGCAGUUCCCUGAAGUUAUCAAGUACUUGAAGAAACACCAGGGUGGCAUUGUCACCAGAGAACACUUCAGCUUUAGCCCGCGCAUGCCUGUCGGAGACUUCUAUGAAGAGAGGGAAAGUCCUGAGGGUGUGAAGUGGUUUCUCUUGGCUAAUGAGGAGGUUCCCUCUAUGAUCAUGGCCAUCACUGGCAGGCGAGGUCGACCGCCGAACCCUGAUAAAGAGAAACCAAGCAGGGUUCGUGGCCUGAAGGCACGGCAGGCCCGCCGGCCAGGUAGACCCCCCAAACCCAAGAUGAUUGACUUCCUUAGUAAAGUUGAUGCCAAGCUGUUGAAACGGCUUGAGGAUAAGGAAGCACUCACAGAGGAAGAAAAGGAGAAAAUGACAAAAAUCAAGAAGAAGAUGAAGAGGAAGGCAAGAAUAAGGAGACGGGAGGAUGCAAACAUUAAGAAGAUAAGAGAGGACAAAAAGAGAGCAAAGCAAGAGGCCAAGAGUAGGGAAGUGAAGGCUGAACCCCCAGAUCCGACAGGCCCACAGACAACUGAGCCUGCAUCGCAGUCUGUUGACGAGCCCAAGAAGCCCGGUCGGCGAAGGUCUGUCAAGGUUGAGGUUCCUCCUCCCAUCCAGCAGACAGAUGAAGAAAGAAUUGCCCAGGGCAAGAGGGUUCUGAGUGCUCGUAGUAAAGCCAAGGCUCUGGCCAAAGCUCAGGCUGAGGCAGAGGCAGCAGCUCGGGCCGCUCUGGCAGCCAAGAAAACUGCAGAGAGGAGAGUGCAGACCCAGAGACGGCUGGAGGAACGCAGGCGGCAACAGCUAAUUGCAGAAGAGCUGAGGAAACCCACUGAAGACAUGUGUCUCACUGACCACAAACCCCUGCCAGAGCUGUCCCUUGUCCCUGGUGUGAUUCUCUCAGGCACUGCAUUUGCCCACUGCCUGGCUGUGGUAGAGUUCCUUCAUGGUUAUGGAAAGCUGAUUGGCCUCAAUGUACCCAAGGACAUCCCCAGCCUUGCAACCUUGCAGGAGGGUUUACUAGACAUGGGUGAAAGCCAGUGGGAAGUACAAGAUCUGCUCAUAAAGCUAAUGGAAGCUGCACUCCGUGAUCCUGGCCUGCCACCAUAUUAUCAAUCAGUAAAGAUCCUUGGGGAUAAGCUGGUUGAGCUCCAGCUGACCCGCAGCACAGUUUCAGAGGUACUUCGCAUCUUUUUGGAAUCUCAUGGCUAUGAGACAGAAGUGUGCAACACAUUGAGGACCAAAUCCUUUCAUGCCUUGCCUCCCGAAACCAAGGCAGCCGUGCUGGGUUUUGUGGCGGAGGAGCUCAACAGUAGCAACAUAGUUACAAGUGACAUUGACAAUACACUGGAGAACAUGGUGACCUACAGGAAGAACAAGUGGAUUAUUGAGGGGAAACUUCGCAAACUGAAGGCUGCACUAGCACGUCGCACCGGCCGCUCAGAAGAAGAACUGUGUUUAGAGGAAAGACGACGCAGUGCCCGAGUGGCUGAAGAGGAGAACCUUGGUCUGGAGGAGAGUGUUGCGGAGCGAAGCAACCGCCGUGGUCGUAAAGACGAGCCCAGAAUAAGUGAUAGUGAAAGCCCUACCAAUGCCAGCGUCCAUGAUCUGGAAAGGCAGAUAGAUAAGCUAACCAAACGACAAGCAUUCUUCCGUAAAAAGCUGCUUCAGUCGUCUCAUUCCAUGCGGGCUGUAAUGUUGGGCCAGGAUCGUUUCAGGCGUAGGUACUUGGCUCUACCUCAUCUCGGAGGAGUUCUAGUUGAGGGUCCUGAAGAGCUUCUGACCUCAGGGGAUGUUGUUAUAGCAGAGGUCCCAGUCACUUUCCUCAAAAAGGAGCCCAAAACAGAGGAGAUGCCUGUGGCCACUACUCCAUCUCAUACUACACCUUCCUCACCUACUCCUGGUCCGUCUCAAACCCAGACAUUGUCCCCAGAGGAAGACCCCCUCCCUGGCACCGCGUCCCUAAUGAGCAGCCAAAAAGGACGAGGACGGCCUCGAAAGAUCAAACCCGAAGUGGAGCUCCACCUCCGCACGGCAAAGAUCCGGCGCCAGCGCCGUAGUAGUGUCAGAUCAGCGGGAGAAGAUGGGCCGGGCUCUCCGGUCACCACAUGCACUCAAGAUCUCUCGCAGUCUGCUUUCCUGAAUUGGCUCAGCCAAUCGAGGCAUGCAGUACCCAGCGAUGCUUAUACAGCAGAACCUAUAGGGGGCAGUCAACCAGAGGAGAGCGUGAAGGAUGAGGUAGAGAAUCAGGGCGAGUGUUUUAAACAACCAAGUGACAAAAACUCUCUGAGCGAGCCUCAGGUGCCAAGUACUCCGCCCACACUGUAUGAUUCACUUAUACAGUCGGACGUGCUCAUGACAUCUAUUGGCGAAGCGCCUACUGAUUUGGAUACCCCUGCAGCGCCAGAGGAAGUUCCCGCUACAACACAAACAUCUGCCAUUCCUGAUUGUACACCUCCACUGCCAGGUCCCUUUCCUUCUGCUCAAAUGCCUCCUGCAUCACGGACUCCGACCACCCGCGCCAGGCCAGGCCGCAGGCGGAGAAGAGGCAGUAGAGGCGGCAGCCCUGCCCGCAGGGGGCCGCGUGGCGCUGCAGCCAAAGGCAGAGGUCGCCCUGCCGCUUCUGCUUUCGAUGAGCUUGAGAAGCAGUAUUUUAUACAGUUGGUGGUUAAACCCAUACCAGCAUCAAUGGUGCGGGGCUGGUGGUGGAUCAAGGAUCCAGAAGAGCUGUUUAGCACACUGCAGGCACUCCAUCCACGAGGCAUCAGAGAAAAGGUGCUUCAUAAACACCUGGCCAAACACAUGGAGAGUUUAACGGAAAUGUGCACUAAAGCCAUCAAUGAUCCUGUGUUUAAGAUAGAGGAGCAGAAGGAGGGGCUGCUAGAGGCUCUGCAGCAGCCUUGGCAAGUACAGGAAAAAGCAAUGGAGACCGACAACAGCGCCCUCCGGUGGGUGGAGGACCUCGAGCAGCGAGUCAUUGCUGCUGACCUACAUCUUAAGGCUCCUCCUCAGAAUAUAGUCACUGAUGUUGAAUCUAACACAGAGGCACCAGCUGCAGAGUUUCAGCCCUACACAAUCCCUGAGCGGGACUCCACCCGGGCUGACCUCCAGUACUACGAACAUGACGCCGACCCACGUGAUGACUGGAUCAUCCGAACCAAGAAGGAGUGGUCUGGGCUGCCUCGCAUCGCUACUCACCCGCUUGACUUGGCCGUGCUACGCCUUGCCAAUCUUGAGCGGAACAUUGAGAGGCGGUACUUGAAGGAGCCGCUCUGGAACCCAGCUGAGGUGAUGCGCCUCGCUCCUCUCACGCCAACACCAGGAGAAGAGCAACCUAUGGAUGUCAUCAGUCUGGAAAGUGAGAUUACCUCCAGGCUCAGAACAUGGCGGCAGGCACUAGAUCGGUGCCGCAGUGCCCCUCAGCUGUGUCUGUGUUUGCUGCAGUUAGAGAAAGCUAUUGCCUGGGAGAGAUCUGUGACUAAAGUGACAUGCCAGAUCUGCAGGAAAGGCGACAACGAUGACUGUCUGCUGCUGUGCGAUGCCUGUGAUUGCGGCUGUCACAUGUACUGCCUGAAGCCCAAGAUCACCCAGGUGCCCGAGGGAGACUGGUUUUGUCCAACUUGCGUUGUCAAGGAGGAAAGCGUGUCACCGAACUCUAGAAAGCGGACCAGGGUGAAAAAGAAACGAUAUGAAGAAAACAGCUCGGACGACGAUACAACAACACGACGUAGCUCUGGCAUGGCGACACGGCAUAAGGAGGCGGCAACUGCCGCACUAGUGGCAGCCUCUUCAUCCUCACGUCCCUCAGGAGAAGGAGGCCCGGCCAAACGGCGUCGCAUGACAACGCGUAACCAGCCGGACCUCACCUUUUGCGAGAUCAUCCUAAUGGAGAUGGAGGCUCACGCAGACGCUUGGCCGUUCCUUGAGCCUGUUAAUCCCCGCCUGGUGCCGGGUUACCGCCGCAUUAUCAAGAACCCCAUGGACUUCCUUACCAUGAGAGAGAGGCUGCUGCAGGGAGGGUACUGCAGCUGUGAGGAGUUUGCAGCGGAUGCUCAGCUAGUCUUCAACAACUGUGAGCUGUUCAAUGAGGACACGUCUGAGGUGGGGAUGGCGGGACACUCCAUGAGGCGCUUCUUUGAGAGCCGCUGGGCAGAGUUCUACUCAAACAAGGAUAAAUAGAACCCUACAAAAUUCCUACCAGUGGUGGAACUGAUGACUGUUGGUGCUUUCACCAAUCCUGCAAGCGGUGUUACUGCUUAGACUGUCUGGAGGUUUCUCCAGCUGUGUGUAUUUCUCAUGUAUAGGUAUCUCUUGUGUAGAAUUGGGUAUUUUUCCUCUGUUUUUUUCCACCAGGCUUGUCUUAAAGCCUGCAACUGAACUGACUUGAACUUCAUUCCCAAGCACCCUCACUUCCCUUUUCAUUGGUUCUCACCGCAUCUUCUCUGUGUGUGCUCCUGCCACGCCCUUUCACAAGUCCCAAGUCUGGACAAGGCUUUGCGUCAACCUCUCCUCUGGCUCUGGGGCAGGGACUGUCUUUUUGGACUAUUUGGCUCUCCCAUUUUGAUUGUGUUUUUGCAGCUGAGCGACUGCGUGUUGGACCUGCUUAGUAACCCACAGAAAGAGCUAGGCCAUUUCUUUCAUGUUCAAAUGAAUUGUUAUGUGGUCUUAUGCCUAGAAGUUUUUUUGCUCUAUUUUUAUUAUAUAUUCUAUAUAUAAAUAUAUAUGAAGAUGACAAUAGCUGGGAUUAUUUAAUAGCAAUAGCUUGUAGUGAAUGUGUACAAAGGACCUCAUAGACUUGUCUAGACAAUUUUAUGAAAACGGCCAGUUAAACUAAAAGAAACCAUGAGUAGAAUUUGUGUAACCUCCACUUAGCCACGCACGCACACACACAUUCACACACUGCUGCUGUGUGAAAGACACUGGAGGACUUUUGAUGUUGGUCAGUCCAUGUGAAUUUCACUGUCGAGUUAAGCAGCGGGUUGUACACGGAUUGUAUAUAACUGUGCUCCUUGCACUAGUGUCUUCUUCGUUUAAGAAUCUGUUGUAGAGGCAACCAACACUGAACGCUUGCUCAAAUGUUGAGAGAGAGAUGUGCGUGUAAAAUACGCAUGUUGUAAAAGAGUUGAGUAUUUGUCUGAAAAGUUGCAAAUGUCUAAGGUUGGUCAUCUUAAUAUUGUACAGAGUAGAAUUGCAGAAAAGCUCAGAAGCACUGGCUACAUUCCCGCCCGGUUACAUUCCUAGGUGUUUGCAUCACUAUGUGCUGUUCAUGGGCCAGCGUAUGGUGGGGCGCACACUCUGCUUGUGAUGUGAUUGCGGCAGGACCACACCGCAGUCCAGCUCUUAUUUAAACUUUCUUACACUGACCUCAGAUCAGCUCAUAGAAAAUAUACAUUAUUCCUACAAAAAUACAAAAAGAUGAGAAAACCAAAUGUGGUGUUACGUGACUUUUUAAUAAUGUACAGUUUUGGUGACCUGAAAUUCUGUUCCUUUAUAUUUUUAGGACCAAUUCAUUUUUAACAGGAUGUAUUACGAGACUCUGUUGUAUUAAGGUGAUGUAACACGUGUGCAUCUGUAGAAUGUACUGUGAGUUGAAUAAAAAAAAAAAAAAAAAAAAC